UUGAAGCUUGUGGAUCAGCUUCUGCCCCCUCCGCCCCCACAUCAGAGGCAAGUUUAUAUGAGGAUAUUCUUGACCGGUUUAUUCCGUGAAACCAUCCCUGUCCCCCCCACCUUCCUUUCCUGUUUUCUGUCAGGAAACUGCAAGCGAACACAAGGUUUUCAUUGCAGAUCUGUGUGGCUGGACUCCUGACCAUUUGACAGUCAAGUGCUGCUUUAGAAAGUAACCUGGUUUGGCAGCCAGGGCAAUAGAGGCACUGAGAAGUUGACCUGAGUUGUGUGGAUUAAAAAACGACACGUCACAAAACAACAGUGAUCUCCAGAGUGUCAUAUAUGAAACCAUAAAUUAUCCUCAUUUUGAAAUAGUCUGGAACUAAUCUACGACACGUGCCCCAUGGAGAGCAGCAUUGCCGAACACUGUGUCUCUUCCAUCAGUGUCAGGCGGCAAAACUGAAUGGGACCAAUAGUUUGGUUAACAAUAGUGGUUCGUCUGCUUGCUUUUGGCUCCUUCCAAGUGGGCAUGUAAUGCUGUCCAGUUUCCAUUGACUACAUGCAAUGUAGCAUUGACAAAAUCAGAUGAGCUGGGCAUUGACAAAGAUUGACAAAUCCACAGGAAUGUGGGUGCUACCAACUGCUUAAUAUACCAUGGUUCGGCGAGGGUUAGUGGCAUGGCUCCCUCGGAUGGUGGUUUUGCUGGUGGUUCUCUGCUGUGUGGUAUCUGUGCUUUAUAUGUUGGCCUGCACACCGAAAGGUGACAACCAGCAGCUUGCCUUCCCCAGGGUCAACAUCCCUACAGGAAAGGAGGAGUAUCAGGCAAUCCUACAAGAAAGAGAAGAGCAUCAUUGGGACUAUAUCAACAGUCUGAAGAGGCAAAUUGCUGAGCUGAAGGAUGAGCUCCAGGAGAGGAGUAAGCAGCUGAAGAACAUACAAGGGCACAGCACUGACUCUCUGGGAGUGGGAAUAGACCAAGGGAAUGCAGAGAAGCUCCAGAAUGCUCUCUUGCAAUUCCUGCAUUCCCAAAUGGACAAAGCAGAGAUACACACUGGUGUCAAGCUGCCGACUGAAUAUGCGGCACUGCCCUUUGAGAGCUUCACCUUGCAGAAAGUAUAUCAGCUGGAAAUGGGCCUUACACGUCACCCUGAGGAGAAGCCAGUGCGGAAGGACAAGCGGGAUGAGUUGGUGGAAGCUAUUGAGCUGGGUCUGGAGACUUUAAACAGUCUAGCAAGCAGCAGUGAUACAAACCGUAGGACAUACUCCCCCUCUGAUUUCAUAGAAGGCAUUCACCGAACAGAGAGAGAUAAAGGCACUCUGUAUGAACUGACAUUCAAAGGAGACAAAGGAUAUGAAUUCAAGCGAAUUGUUCUCUUCAGACCAUUUGGCCCCAUCAUGAAAGUUAAGAAUGAAAACCUCAAUAUGGCCCACACCCUCAUUAAUAUCAUAGUUCCACUGGCAAAAAGAGCUAACAAGUUUCGGCAGUUUAUGGAAAACUUUAGGGAAAUGGGAAUACAACAAGACAGAAGAAUUCACCUAACUGUAGUUUACUUUGGGAAAGACCAAAUGACAGAGGUCAAAGAAAUGCUGGAAAAUACAUCUAGAUCAGCCAACUUCAGGAAUUACACUUUUAUCCAGCUGGAUGAAGAAUUCUCAAGAGGCAAAGGUCUGGAUGUGGGGGCCCGAUUUUGGAAAGGAAGCAAUGUUGUUCUCUUUUUCUGUGAUGUGGAUAUAUACUUCACAGCAGAGUUCCUCAACACAUGCAGACUAAACACACAACCAGGAAAGAAAGUAUUCUACCCAGUUCUUUUCAGUCAGUAUAACCCAGGUCUAAUUUAUGGACAUCAUAAUUCCAUCCCACCCUUAGAACAGCAACUGGUUAUAAGAAAGGAGACAGGAUUUUGGAGAGAUUUUGGUUUUGGAAUGACAUGCCAAUACCGCUCUGAUUAUAUCAAUAUUGGAGGAUUUGAUCUCGAUAUAAAAGGAUGGGGAGGAGAGGAUGUACAUCUGUAUCGUAAAUACCUUCACAGCAACCUCAUUGUGAUCAGGACACCUGUCCGUGGCCUUUUCCACCUCUGGCAUGAAAAGCAUUGCUUAGAUGAGCUGACUCCUGAACAGUACAAGAUGUGCAUUCAGUCCAAAGCCAUGAAUGAAGCUUCGCAUGGCCAGUUAGGGAUGCUGGUCUUCAGACGGGAGAUUGAGGCUCAUCGACGCAAACAGAAAGCAAGCAGUAAGAAAACAUGAAACCAAAAAGUGUCUUAACUCAGAGAUGAAAACUGUAAAUCUCAAAGCCACACUUCUGAUUCUGAUUCUUGCCAUUGAUUGCAUGGCUCCAUUGUAGCCUUUUCUCAGACUUUCCUUCAUGCCACACCACAGCAUCAGGGCUAGAGGACACCCUUUUGUUUUUGUCAAUUUAUGAUUCUGGAAAUACAGACAAGACGGGUUUUCAGCUUGGGAUGACAUAUUACAGUAUUCUGUAAAGCUUUAUAUUUUAUCAAGUGGAUAUCAUUCUGCUCAUAAUCAGGUCUUUGGAGAAUGCUUAUGUUGUUAUUCAUGACAAUCCUGAUUCAUCUGGGGCCUUGGAUCUGCAUCUGGCUUGGAGUCACCCAUCCAGUUCAAUUGUGGGUUAGAUGAGCACUAUAAUGCACAUGAUCUGUAUCAAGUGUACAAAUUUGUCUUGCACAUCAGCUGAUAGUAGAUGUCUCUUGUUAGAGCUGAGCAUUUAAGGUAACUAGGAUGCACUUCAAAGAUGUUGAAAUCAAACUUUCUGUAGGUAUAGUCUUAAGGAUGUCUGGUGAAGUUUCAAAAUUUCUUAUCCUAUGCAAGUUUAACCAGGUAGAGGGGGAGACAAUCAGAGUUCACUGUAUGUAAGAGAACAUCAGAAAAAUUAGGAUUUGGAGUUAUAAUUACAUAACCAAAAAAAGCCAUAUUGUCAGAAUGUCUGUGAAUUAAGUAAAUGCAAUGUGGUUGCUUAUUUUUGAA